GGGAAAAAGGGUGGAUGUGGAAGCCAAGCGGCCGAACUCUCUCAUUUAGGAAACCGCGAACUGUUUGCACAGCUUAUGCUCACAUGCCUAAUACUACUACAGCGUCUCAGAAAACACCUUUGGGGGAAGGUUUGACUUGUCUCGAAGAGUCUCAGUGUUUUUCCUCGACGGAUAGGGAGCUGCUUGGAUGCGAAGAGACGGCAUGAUGUGAAUGACUCCAGUGUGAAGAAAUCUUCGCCAACUCAUCCUGCAUCAAGUGCCCAUUGAGUAGCACUGUCACUUUAAUGUCUCCAUGCCAGGGGAUUGCUUUCCUUCUUUUCAAUCCUCUCGGUUAAUACGUGGGAGGAUCAGAAUCAGAGGGGGCAUUAAGGAUCAAGCCUGAGGGGCUUGGAGAGCACAGAAGAAAAAAAAUGAAAGUGACAGCAAGCUGGAUCCUGUCUUACUGAGGGGGUGAGAUCCGGAACUUCUGGUCCAGUGAAUAGAAAGGGGCCUUUCAGUCUGUUCUGCCCCAGAAAACUGUCCAAACUCACCCACCUUUUUAGAGACUAGAGUCAAAGAGGUUUUUAAAAGUAUUUUUGGGGGGUGAGGGUUUUAAAUUUUUCUCUAAAGAAUUGAGGGUUUUUAUCAUCAACCAGUUCAUCUUUGAAUUUGAUCAUGUAUUGAGUAAUGAGACAGCUGUGUAAAUUUGGUUUGUGCCUUAAUUGAGUUAGUCAUCGAACUCCAAAAAUGCUGCUGCCUGAAGAGGAGUUUUAAUAAUGUUUUCUAUGCUUACAAUAAUUUUCUUUUUAAACAGAAUAAAUGUUUUAUAAACAUUGAAAAACUCAAAAGCUAUUUUUCUUUAAACUCCGUGGGCACUGUCAAAGUUGGUGGAAAAAAUACAUCAUUUUUUCUUUAUUUGAAAGAGAAGACAGCCUGGAUUUCAAACAGUGAAGUGGUUUGCAACAGUUACCUGGCCCUUGGCCUCCAUCCAGGUGGAUCAAGUUGAGACCUGAAAAGAGAUCUUGAAUCCUGUGUCAGUGGAAAGACCCAAGAAUGCCAGUCAAGAAGAAAGAUACUGACCGAGCUUUAUCAUUACUGGAAGAAUACUGCAAAAAAUUAAGGAAACCAGAGGAGCAGCAGUUGAAAAACGCUGUUAAAAAGGUGAUGGGUAUCUUUAAGAGCAACUUAUUCCAAGCUUUGCUAGAUAUUCAAGAAUUUUAUGAGAUGACAUUGCUAAAUUCUCAAAAAAGUUGUGAGCAGAAGAUAGAAGAAGCCAAUCAAGUUGCACAGAAAUGGGAGAAGACAUCUCUUCUUGCUCCAUGCCAUGAUAACCUUCAAAAGUCUGUAGAGCAAAACCAAGGCAAGUGCCCAGCCCAGAAUUGUUCAGUGGAAGCCCCUGCUUGGAUGCCUGUUCACCACUGUACUAAGUAUCGCUAUCAAGAUGAGGACACUCCACAUGAUCAUUCCUUACCUCGACUGACCCACGAAGUGAGAGGCCCUGAACUUGUGCAUGUAUCGGAAAAGAACCUGUCUCAAAUAGAAAAUGUCCAUGGAUACGUCUUGCAGUCACACAUCUCUCCUCUGAAGCUCUCAGAUCCAUUUGGAAUUCAUUCUAGUGUACAGUGUGAGGCCAGCCCUGCUCCUAUAAUUGUCAACACAGAUACUUUGGACACGAUUCCUUAUGUCAAUGGAACAGAAAUUGAAUAUGAGUUUGAAGAAAUUACACUGGAGAGGGGGAAUUCUGGCCUGGGAUUCAGUAUUGCUGGAGGGACAGAUAAUCCCCACAUUGGAGAUGACCCUGGCAUAUUUAUUACGAAGAUUAUACCUGGAGGUGCUGCAGCAGAGGAUGGCAGACUCAGGGUCAAUGAUUGUAUCUUACGGGUGAACGAGGUGGAUGUGUCAGAGGUUUCCCACAGUAAAGCAGUGGAAGCGCUCAAAGAAGCAGGGUCUAUCGUUCGGCUGUACGUGCGUAGAAGACGACCCAUUUUGGAGACUGUUGUGGAAAUCAAGCUGUUCAAAGGGCCUAAAGGUUUAGGCUUCAGUAUUGCAGGAGGUGUGGGGAACCAACACAUUCCUGGAGACAACAGCAUUUAUGUAACUAAAAUUAUAGAUGGAGGAGCUGCACAGAAAGAUGGAAGGUUGCAAGUAGGAGACAGACUACUAAUGGUAAACAAUUACAGUUUAGAAGAAGUAACACAUGAAGAGGCGGUAGCAAUAUUGAAGAACACAUCAGAUGUAGUUUAUCUAAAAGUUGGCAAAGCCACCACCAUUUAUAUGACUGAUCCUUACGGCCCACCUGAUAUUACUCACUCUUAUUCUCCACCAAUGGGAAGCCAUCUUCUCUCUGGCAACAAUGGCACUUUAGAAUACAAAACCUCCCUGCCGCCCAUCUCUCCAGGAAGGUACUCACCAAUUCCAAAGCACAUGCUUGUUGAAGACGAUUAUACCAGGCCUCCGGAACCUGUUUACAGCACUGUGAACAAACUGUGCGAUAAGCCUGCUUCUCCCAGGCACUAUUCCCCUGUUGAGUGUGACAAAAGCUUCCUUCUCUCAGCUCCCUACCCCCACUACCACCUAGGCCUGCUCCCUGACUCUGAGAUGACCAGUCAUUCCCAACACAGCACUACAACCCGCCAGCCUUCAGUGACUCUCCAACGGGCCAUCUCCCUGGAAGGGGAGCCGCGCAAGGUGGUCCUGCACAAAGGCUCCACUGGCCUGGGCUUCAACAUCGUGGGCGGGGAAGAUGGAGAAGGUAUUUUUGUAUCCUUCAUUCUGGCUGGUGGACCAGCAGACCUGAGUGGGGAGCUCCAGAGAGGAGACCAGAUCCUAUCUGUGAAUGGCAUUGACCUUCGAGGAGCAUCCCAUGAACAGGCUGCUGCAGCGCUAAAGGGGGCUGGACAGACGGUGACGAUUAUAGCACAAUACCAACCUGAAGAUUACGCUCGAUUUGAGGCCAAAAUCCAUGACCUACGAGAGCAGAUGAUGAACCACAGCAUGAGCUCCGGGUCCGGGUCCCUGCGAACCAAUCAGAAACGCUCUCUCUAUGUCAGAGCCAUGUUUGACUACGACAAGAGCAAGGACAGUGGGCUGCCAAGUCAAGGACUUAGUUUUAAAUAUGGAGACAUUCUCCACGUUAUCAACGCCUCUGAUGAUGAGUGGUGGCAAGCCAGGAGAGUCACGCUGGAGGGCGACAGUGAGGAGAUGGGGGUCAUCCCCAGCAAGCGGAGGGUGGAAAGAAAGGAACGUGCCCGAUUGAAGACAGUGAAGUUUAAUGCAAAACCUGGAGUGAUUGAUUCAAAAGGGGACAUCCCCGGAUUAGGUGACGACGGUUAUGGAACAAAGACUCUGAAACAUGUUUCUUCUAAUGCCAGCGAUAGCGAAAGUAGCUACCGAGGACAGGAAGACUUCAUUCUUUCUUAUGAGCCUGUCACAAGACAGGAAAUAAACUAUACCCGGCCAGUGAUUAUCCUGGGCCCCAUGAAGGAUCGGAUCAAUGAUGACUUGAUAUCAGAAUUCCCUGACAAAUUUGGCUCCUGUGUGCCUCAUACUACGAGGCCAAAGCGUGACUACGAGGUGGAUGGCAGAGACUAUCACUUUGUCAUUUCCAGAGAACAGAUGGAGAAAGACAUCCAAGAGCACAAGUUUAUAGAAGCCGGCCAGUACAAUGACAACUUGUAUGGAACCAGUGUGCAGUCUGUGAGAUUUGUAGCAGAAAGGGGCAAACACUGUAUACUUGACGUAUCAGGAAAUGCUAUCAAGCGGUUACAAGUUGCUCAGCUCUAUCCCAUUGCCAUCUUCAUUAAACCCAAGUCUCUGGAACCUCUGAUGGAGAUGAAUAAGCGUUUAACAGAGGAACAAGCCAAGAAAACCUAUGACCGUGCAAUUAAGCUAGAACAAGAAUUUGGAGAAUAUUUUACAGCUAUUGUCCAAGGUGACACCUUAGAAGAUAUCUAUAACCAAUGCAAGCUUGUUAUUGAAGAGCAAUCUGGGCCUUUCAUCUGGAUUCCCUCAAAGGAGAAGUUAUAAAUUAGCCACUGCACCUCCAACAAUGACAGAAGAGCAUUUAGAAGAACAAAAUAUAUAUAAUACACUACUUGGAGGCUUUUAUGUUUCUGUUGCAUUUAUGUUUUUGCAGUCAAUGUGAAUUCUUAUGAAUGUACAACACAAACUGUGUGAAGCCAUGAAGGAGAAGGAGGGGCCAAAGGGUGGGACAGAAAAGACAGUGCAGUACGCGGGAAGGCUUUGCUUUGCUCAGAGUGCCAGGGGUAGGGAUGAACCUCUGACGGGCUUUGUGCCCAAGAGAUGGGCAGCCUCCUCACCCAGCAGAUGUCCAGAGCUGAUUUAGCUGCUGAGCUCCCUGUGUUUUUUGCUUUAAAGAAAAGUUGCCAGCACUUGAACUUCACCAACCUUCCCAUUACCCACAUCUGUAAUUGGUACACUUCGAAUUUUAUAACUAUGCACCUCCUUUGAUUUCUUAACGAGCAAAAGAAAGAACGAAGGGAAAAAAAGAAAGGAGUCCCUUUGGAGCCGGCAUAAUAUCAGGGAAGGAUAAGUGUGUAGUUUCUUUUCCUGGCAUCUGCAAAGACAAGCAUUUCAUAAAAUUUGCGAGUGUGUGGAGGACUGACCUCACUGAGAGGAGGGGAUUCCACCUGGGGUUAGCUUUAUGAUUGUUUAUCAUCUAUUUUGCCAUUUAUAAACUUAAAGAAGGCACUAAAGAUGAGAAUAAUUUAUAUAAUAAAAAUAUAUUAAAUGUAUAGAAAUGAAUUUCUAUAGGUUAAAGAAGUUUUGUGAAAUAUUUUGUAAAGAUUAAUUCAUUGAAAGACUAAAUGUAUGCACUAUCUGCAGAUGGUCCAAUUCAAUACCAGAAAGCUGCACUCUCCCUUUUGUUGCCAAUGAUCCAUUGAGAGCAUCUGAGUUCCUUCUGAAGCCUGACAAAGACUUCUCCCUCACUUACCUCCCAUGAUCUCCCUUCCACGUUAGUGAUACACUCCCAUGGAGCACAUCCCUUAAUGAGUUACCCUCAUGAAUAUUUUUGGAGGACAUUUGGUUAAUGCAUUUUUUUAAGCUGAUGGCUUUCAGAGACAAACUCAUGCAAAUGAUGUAAAGGGAAGUUUUUGCUUUUCUCUUGUUAAACAACCUGGGCCUGCCAUGCAAAUAGUUGAAUAAUGUUGUUCCUAGUUAACUUACAUACAGUUCUUAAAGGAUCAUUUAGUAUUUUGGCCAUCAUGAAUAAUUAGGACUUUUUUUUUGUCUGUUUCACAAGUAACUGAGGGUUUUGUAAUAGCCAGAGAAGGUAUAGAGCCAUGGAGAGAUCUGCCCCAAAAUGCACUAUUUCUCUGAGGAAGAGAGAGAGAAGGGAAGCAUCUGGUUGGGGGGGCGUGAGGGGUACAGACUUUUUUUUCUGUGUACCGGACAAAGAGAUAGAACCAUCAGGAAAGACCAUUAAUGACUUUGAGCUCAACCAACUGAACUGCCUUUCUUGGGGGAUGCGCCUGGACCAAGUUUAUUUUUUAGCAAUUAUAAUAAUGAUGAUUUACAAAAAGAAACCUCCCGAAGCCUAUAUCCCACUUUAGAGCCAUUGGUGACAUCAGCAUUGCUUGUGCCCAGGGCGUUUAGAGAGAGACUUUUUAGUGAUCUCAAUAACUACUCAACUCUGGGUUGUAUACAUGCCCAAACUAAGCCCCAUCGCCUUAUCUCUGGGGUACAUCAGACCUGGCAGGGAUUCUGCCACACUGUGCAGCAAACCAGCAUGCAGGCUGCGAUGGGAGAGCAAGAGACAGCCAUCAGCAGUGAUGGGGCUUCUUCACAGUAAGAACAUCAGAGCUCAGAAUGAGGGUCUCUUUCCAAAAGCAAGCAUUAUUCGUCUUACACUAAACUACCACUGUCUGCCCGGCUGCAGUCACCAAAACAAACACAAAAAUGCAAAGUCAUGCAUCUACCUAUAGUCUUGAGGCUACCUUUACCAAUGGAAGGGCUAGCAGUGCAUUUUUCCCUCUGAUGAAAGUUAAAUUUCCCAAGACUUCCUUGGAGCACUCAAAAUGUCAAAAAUGUGUCCAUGUCUGCAAUUCGCCAGUUUCAGGUCAAGGCCUGCUUUCAUCAGUCUUACUCCCAGAAGUUUUCUGCCACCAGAAUGCCAUUCCUGAUCCCAGCUCGACUUUUAGGCCGCCAUGAUGACUUCCUUGGUUUCUCAACUAAGCAUGCAACCAUUUAUGUAAAGGACUGUCACUAAUGAAUAGAUGUUUCCAUGGGUCAUGUGAUGUGCUUUCCAUUUAAUCUUAAGUAUUGCUGUGGCUGAGUACAAUCAGAUUGAACCCACCAACCCUUGGUUUUGUAGUAAUAUAAUUAUUUAUUUUCCUAGUGUAGAUGCUUCUGAUUAGAAUUGGCAUUUGCACUGAUUUUUUUAUGUAGAUUUAUAUAAAUAUAUAUAUACAUAUAUAUUUGCUUGAAGAAUCACCAAGCCAAUUGGUGAGAGAGGGUCUUUUCCUGUAGAAUUUACACCUCCAUUUGUUGUGUUGUCUUGCGCUUCCCAAUGUUGAGGUCUCUACGGCUCCAGUGAACCAGUGUGUUUUGCAGCAAAUCUGACGACUUGUGUGGAAAUGGCAUGAAAGUUACCCAGAUUACAACUGGUGCAAAUGCACUUGGAGCCUGGGGCCAGACUGGUGCUAACACUGCAAACUUUGUCGAGAGCUCUCUCCAAUCUGAAGGCUUGCUGGGGGCGCAACGUCACCUUCACAUGCUGGGCCCUUUCGGAAAAGUGCCAGAUCGUCUCACUGGUGCUAUUUUUCAUGCUCUGGUACAAUGUGUAGCACCACGGGGGUCUCAGCUUUACCAAAAUCAAAAUCCCAUUUGUCAGCUAAUUGCAGGGGCAUUUGUUUUUCUGCUCUCCUCCCACAGAAUUUGUUGGCCACUUCUUUGCAGGCUUUUUCUCCCGGCUCCAAGCUUUUGGGUUCGCUCUGUUGAGUGCGCCCAUCUUUACGAAGCCUGCACUCAGGUGCCUCUGAGCUGUCUUAGAUCCUACUGCCAGCCCUUCAGGACUCCGAGCCAGGGAAAAGCUCCCCGCUCCUAUGGCUCUUGCCUCUUUUUUCUCCUCAUUCUUUCCCUCUGCUCUUCCCCUCCUAGUUCUGUCUCAUUCCAGCUCUCUUCUGUGUACCUCUCCUUUUAUCCUUCCUUCCCGUCUUCUCUGAGUUGUUGGCUUUCUCCCGCAUUCCUUCUUUUCUCCCUCCCCUUUGAUCCCCAGUCUCUUUGUCUAUCUCUCCUUUACUCUCAGUCUCUCCCCUUCCUCUUCCUCUUCCUCCACCUUUCCUGUCCUUUCUCUUCUCACAUCUCUGAUCAUCUCCUCUCCCAUAACCCACUCCUUAGUAUUUCCGUCCUAAAAGGGCUCAUGGCUGAUUCAGACAGCAAGUCCAUACACUGGACUAACGACACAAAUUCUUUGGGUCGCCGUCUCACCCAGGCAGCCCAGAAGGCAAAGCUGAGCCUGAAUGAGGUCCUGCACUGGAGCCAGCUCCAUCACACCUCACUGAGCCAGCCUGCACCGCUGCCCUGGCAGUGAUGAUGCAUGUGCUCUGGGCCCUGCCGGCACCUGGGUGCCUCUGCCUGAAGCCUGGUCCAAAGUGAGCCUGCUCCCAGCACCAUCCCACGGCUCUGAGGACACUUCCUUUCAAUAACGGCAGACUCUGGCCCCAGCAAUUAUUCUGACACCAAACCUCUUCCUUCUCAUGGAAGCCAUGCCAUCACCUUGGUUUGGAGAGAGACUUUUUCUCCAUUCAUAAGCUUUCUUUUUCCUAUUUUCAUGUGAAGCUCCCUCUGCUUUUCAGCUGGUGAUUGCUCUGGUGAGAUUGAAUGGACUUGCUGGUGAAAUUACAUCUCUUUUUUCCUGUCUUGGUCCUGCCUAAAUUCCUACAAAAAUAUUUAAGUCAAAGACUCAGGCUACUUCCUAAGUUUAUCAUAGUAAUCUGUCGCUCCUAAAGAGGACAAAAGGGGACAUUUCCCUUAGAGUAUGUGGAGUACCUCCCAUGACAACUGAUUUGAAAGAGGACUCCCUACAGAAUUCUGUGGAUAUACAUUUUACUUCUCUGUACGUAUGGUAUAUGUGGUAUGUCUAUCAUGUAUACACAUACUACAUUGGGUACAAAUGAAUGUGGAUGGAAACCCACACACACACUUUAGUCUGUAAAUAUCCUUCCUCACUGAAAACUGUGCUUCGGAAAUCAUUUCUUGUACAGCUGUGCAGUUUCUUGUAGCAGCUGAGGAUAAACUAAGGUGAAUGAUUUAGACAAAGAUCAUCUAAAAGAUAGACUACAGAAGCUCCCUAGCAACUCAGGAGGACAGAUUACCAAAUGACAAGGUUGACUCCCAAUGAGAUGGCAAACUUUUCUUCUCUCCUUUUUGAAUCUGUGUUUCCUAAAUGUGUCUUAACUUCUGAGUGCACCAGGCUGUAUGCGUGAGAUUUCGAUAUGACAGUUUUGUGCUUCUCUCUGACAGGAUGCUUCUCCAUUGAGCUGUAGUGCCAGAUGGGAGGGAGGGAAACAUACUCCUUGCCUGGGCUGGAGUUAACAGAGACACUGCACAGCUUACACUCCUGUUAAGUGUAAAUAUUCGACACUUCCAUUCCAUUUGUGUAAAAAAUAAAGCACACACGAUUAUAAAAUCAA